UGCCCGAGUGGUUCAAUGGGGGCCCGGUCUCGGGGGACCCAUGAGGAGGGGUGCUCCAUAAGGGGUGCUGCGGGCCCUCGUGGUGGGCGUUGUGUGUGUGUGGCCCGGCACCGGGUGGGGAACCCCCCUCGGUUCACCCCCUGCUCUCACCGCAGGACGCGGCUGCCGGCCGGCGGCAACCCCAGCGGGAGCGAGGGGACCCCCGGGAGCUGCCGGGGCUGAGGAAGAGCAGAGGAACCUCCGGGACCACCCAGGGCGGAGCAGGAGCAGAGGGACCCCCGGCCGCCCGUGCUGCAGGCAGCAUGGCGCAGUGGCAGGAGGUGCAGAGCUUGGCCAACACUUACCUGGAGCAGGUUCACCAGCUGUACGCGGGCUCGGCGCUGCCCAUGGCCGUGCGGCAGUGCUUGGCCGCCUGGAUCGAGGACCAGAACUGGCGCCAGGCGGCGGAGCCGCUCUCCUCAGGGAACGCCCGGAUGCUGUUCCAUUCCUUACUGGUGCUACUGAGAGAACGCCUGGGCAGCCUGGGAUCGGGCCACGAGGAAUUUAUGCUGAAGCACAACCUGCGCAAGGCUCAGCGAGACCUCCAGGAGGAGCGGCGGAUCCUGCGCCUGGGGCAGGCGGGGGAGCAGGGGGGUUCGGCCCCCGCGCCCAGCCCGGCCCCGGAGAGAGGCCGGGAGCAGCAGAUCCAGCGGCGCUUGGCCGAGUUCCACACUGCCCUGCAGGAAGCUGAACGAGCCUUCAGGCACCUGGAAGAUUUGCAGGAUGCUUUUGACUUCUGUUACAAGGUGCACUACCAGCCAGCUGAGGACAGGAACAAUGACCCCGGGUACCACCAGGAGCUCCAAGCCCUCCAGGCCAAACUGCAGAACCUGGACCGGCAGCGGCGGGAGGUGCUGGCUCAGAUGCAGCAGCUCUUGGGGCGCAGCGAGACCCUGCAGGAGCUGCUGCAGGAGGAGCUGGGGGGCUGGAGGGUGCGGCAGCAGCGCCUGUGCCUGGGGGGCCCCGGCGACACCAACCUGCGCCCACUGGAGACCUGGUUCACAGAGCUGGGCCAGGGGCUGUUCCAGCUGCGGCAGCUGCUGCGGGCGCUGAACGACCUGCGACAAAAAGUGACCUACGAGAGGGACCCGCUGGUGGCAGAGAUGCCCCUGCUGGAGCAGCGGCUGCAGGAGCAGCUCACGCACCUGCUGAAGAGUGCCUUCGUGGUAGAGCAGCAGCCCAGCACCCCCAACGCCGGAAAGCGCCCGCUCGUGCUCCGCACCGCCAGCAAGUUUUCGACCCGCGCCCGGCUCCUGGUGAGGCUGCACGACCGCAACCAUCACAUGGAGGCCAGGAUCCACAUCGACAGGAACCCGCCCAACAUCAAAGGGUUUCGCAGGUUCAACAUCCUCACAUCGAGCAGCAAAACGCUUCUGGCCGGGGACAGUCCCCAGGAGGGGCUGAUCUGCGACUUCCAGUACCUCACGCUGAAGGAGCAGAAGGACAGCAGGGCUGGCAAGGGCAAAGGCACCAGCGGCGAGGGUCCCCUGGUCGUGACGGAGGAGCUGCACCUCAUCACCUUCACGUUGUCCUAUGCCUACUGUGGGCUGGAGCUGGAGCUGGAGACCACCACGCUGCCCUUUGUCAUCAUCUCCAACAAUAGCCAGUUCUCCAGCGCCUGGGCCUCCAUCCUCUGGUUCAACAUGCUCAGCUCUGACCCCAAGGCCCAGCAGUUCUUCUCAUCACCACCGCCGGCCCCAUGGCCCCGGCUGGCCGAGGUGCUGAGCUGGCAGUUCCAGAGCGUGGCGGAGCGAGGACUCAGCCAGGAAAACCUGCUCAUGCUGGCUGAGAAACUCUUGGGCUCAAAGCCAUCACUGGACAGCACAGUGGCCUGGCCCAAGUUCUCAAAGGAUGGACCUGCUGGUUUCUCCUUCUGGGCCUGGCUGGAUGGGAUCCUGGGGCUGCUCCAGGAGCACCUCAAGCAGCUUUGGAAGAACAAACUCAUCCUGGGCUUCGUGAGCCGCAAGCAGGAGAAGAAACUGCUCAAGUCCAAGCGGACAGGGACGUUCCUGCUGCGCUUCAGCGAGAGUGUCCUCGGCGGGGUCACCUUCACGUGGGUGGAGCACCAUGAGAGAGGAUCCCCCACUUUCCACGCCGUGGAUCCCUACACAGCCUCCGAGCUGGUGUCGCUGGCGCUGCCCGACAUCAUCCGUGACUACCAGAUGAUGAUGGAGGAGAACAUUCCAGAAAACCCCCUCAAGUACCUGUACCCUAACACUGCCCGUGAUGAGGCUUUUGGGCCCUACUACAGCCAGAGGCAAGAGGGGACCCUGAAUGAGUCCCAGAAAUACCUGAACCGGCGCCUCAUCCGCGUGUCCUCCAGGCAACCCAAAAAGUGGCAAACAGAAGAGGAGCUGGUUGUAGCCACAGAGAAUCUGGAGACGCUGCAGCUGCAGCCUGGAGGGCAGGGGACACAGCAGGCCGGUGGUCUGGCAGUGUCACAGCCCCAGAGCUCAGGGGCACCACAGGGCACCCCUGGCAGUGUGGAGACACCUCAGGGGGUGGCCACGAGCCCAGGGACACUGCAGGUGAUGGCCACAAGCCCAGAGAUACCACAGGUCACCCCUGGGAGCCUGGGGACCCCUCAGGGGGUGACCAGCAGGCUGGGGAUAGCACAGGUGAUAACCAUGAACCCAGGGACACUGCAGGUCACCCCUGGGAGCCUGGGGACACCACAGGUGAUGUCCACGAGCCUGGGGACCCUGCAGCCCACAAGCUUGAGGAUGCUGCAACCACAGCCCCAAAGCCUGGAGCCACCACAGAUGGGAUCAGGGAUCCCUGACAUCGAGGGGACACUGCACGUGGCACCAGGGGCUGUGGGGACUGCAGAGGUGCUGCGUGGGGGGCUGGGGAUGCUGCAGGUGGGAUCAGGGGACUUGAGGACACUGCAGGUGCUGCCGGGGGAGCAAGGGACGGUGGCUGUGGACACGGGGAUGCUGCAGCCGGUGCCGGGGGCUGUGGAGGCACCGCAGGUCCCCGAGGAGCAGGGGACACUGCCACCAGAGCUGAGGGACCUGGAGCUGCUGCCGGGGAGCCGGGACAUGCAGGAGCUGCUGCAGUCGCUGGAGGGGCUGGAGCCGGGCUCGGGGACUCUGGAGACGCUGGAAGCGGCAGAGUUGAUGCCGAACAUGGCAGAAACCUUCGAGGAGAGUUUCCAGCUGAGCGCCGGCAGUGCUGUGCUCCGGGACCGCCACGACCCGUUCCUGCCGCUGCCCGAGGACUCGGCCCUGCCCACCCUCCCCUCCCUUUUCACCGACUUCCCCCCUCUCCACAUCGACGCCAGCGACUUCCAGUGACCCCUCCUCGUCCCCUUCCCUUCCAGUGACCCCUCCCUGUAAAUAAAACCCCUUCCCCCACCCUCUGCCCGCGCUGUCCCUUGCGCUGCACGCCAGAGCCGCUCGCUUGUCUCCAUCGGACCUUUAUU